ACCUCCGCUGACAGUGAUAUGUUGAGAAAGUCUUAUUGAGCGGGCAUAUUUUACCUGAAAUCAGACCAGUCACUUGUCCUCCGUCCACAUGUAAUGCCUGUGCCUGCUAUGAUGCCAUCGUCAGCGCGCAAUCAGCGCGUCGAGGACCACAAGCUUUUCUCGUUCACCUGAUCUUGUUUUUCUCGCUGGCUGUCGCUUGGUGUAUUGCUUUGAGAAUUUUUCAAUCGAUAAGUCGUUCUGGUCUGACUAUAAAGUCGCCUUAGCGCUUUAGCUAGUGACCAAGACCUGACCACAGAUAUGCGUGCCCUCUUCGUUUACUGUCUUAGUCUCUCUGCUUCAGUUUGGGCUCAGUCGGGUACCGUUGAUGCCUAUGUUGCUUCUGAGUCGCCUAUCGCUAAGGCGGGAGUAUUGGCGAACAUCGGACCCGGUGGUUCCAAGUCUUCAGGAGCAAAGACGGGUGUUGUGAUUGCUAGUCCCAGCAACUCCAACCCCGAUUACUUGUUUACUUGGACCAGAGACUCCUCGCUCGUCUUUCAAGCAUUGAUUGAUCAAUAUACGCUGGGUCCGGACACGACUUUGCGCACUCAAAUCGACAAUUUUGUAUCUUCCCAAGCCAUUGUUCAACAGGUGUCCAACCCAAGUGGGUCCGUCUCGAGUGGCGGCCUUGGUGAACCAAAGUUCAACAUCGAUCUGAGUGCAUUCACCGGCGCCUGGGGGAGACCACAACGGGACGGGCCCGCCCUUCGCUCCACUGCCUUAAUCACCUAUGCCAAUUGGCUCAUCGCUAAUGGCAAUACUUCCUACGUGUCCGGUACCCUUUGGCCUAUCAUCAAGCUUGACCUAGGAUACGUUGUCUCCUUCUGGAACCAAACGGGCUUUGACCUGUGGGAGGAGGUUUCUUCGUCGUCGUUCUUCACAACCGCUGUCCAACAUCGCUCAUUGCGUGAAGGCGCUGCGCUUGCCACUGUCCUCGGAGAUUCUGCUGCUACUCAAUACACGACACAGGCUGCCAAUAUUCUGUGUUUCUUACAGUCGUAUUGGAAUCCCGCCGGCCUUUAUAUGACAGCCAACACCGGUGGAGGUCGUUCAGGAAGAGAUGCUAACACGGCGUUGGCCUCCAUCCAUACCUUUGAUGCAGCAGCUGGAUGUGACGCCGUUACCUUCCAACCUUGCUCUGACAAAGCGUUAUCGAGUUUGAAAGUGUACGUCGACGCUUUCAGGUCGAUCUACACCAUCAAUAGCGGUAUUGCUUCCAAUGCUGCCGUCGCUACGGGCAGGUAUCCAGAGGAUUCGUAUAUGGGAGGAAAUCCUUGGUAUCUGACAACAGCGGCUGUUGCUGAGCAGCUUUAUGACGCUAUAAUCGUUUGGAAAAAGACAGGAUCCAUCGAAGUCACCUCUAUAUCCCUUGCUUUCUUCCGUCAAUUCUCCCCUCCAGUCGUGACAGGCGUAUAUGCCUCUUCUACUACGACAUACAACGACUUGCUGAGUGCGGUUCAAACGUUUGCUGAUGGAUUCCUAGCUGUCAAUGCGAAAUAUACGCCUUCGGGUGGAGGGCUUGCGGAGCAGUACAGCAGGAACACUGGGUCGCCUUUGAGUGCUAGUGACUUGACGUGGAGCUAUGCGGCAACGCUGACAGCGUUUGGUGCGAGGGCGGGUGUGGUACCUGCUUCAUGGGGCGCGAGUGGGCUGACGGUGCCAUCCUCUUGCUCAACUAACUCAGGUGGCGGCGGCGGAGGUAGUGAUGGGACAGUGAGUAUCACUUUUAAUGAAUUCGCUACGACAUUUUUCGGAGAAAAUAUCUACCUGACCGGGUCGAUCGAUGCUCUGCAGAACUGGUCUCCGGAUACAGCGCUUUUGCUGAAUACUAACAAUUAUCCAACUUGGAGCAUCACGCUCAAUCUUCCGGCGUCAAUUACGUUCCAGUACAAGUACAUUCGCAAGUUUAAUGGUGCGGUGACUUGGGAGUCUGACCCGAACAGACAAUUCACUACGCCGGCUUCGGGAACUUGGGUUAUUAAUGACUCGUGGCGUUGAUGAGCUAUAGAAAACCUCUCCUGAAUAGCCCUAUUUUUUUUCCCAUUUGUGCAAGAAUGUCAUGUACAAGCUACGUACUGAAGAAUUAAAAGAAUCGUUUACUGACCGAAUGAAGAGACUACUUGUGAGAAAACAGGUUGAUCGGACGAUGUGCCCGGAAGUCUUCGAAGCCGGGCGGCAGACUCAUGGCUGCAGCCAAAUAAAUGACCUCAGUCAAUAC